AUGGCAGCGGCGUUGAUGAUUGUCGGCGGUGUACUCACACAAGAGGCCGCAGUACAGGGCGUUGACUUUAAUACCAUCGGGUUACUAACUGGCAUGAUGAUUAUCGUUGGUAUUACCCGCGAUUCCGGUGUGUUUCAAUAUCUCGCCAUCCGUUCAGCCAAAGUAGUUAAAGCUGACCCCUGGGGCAUCCUAGUCAUGCUAAUGCUCGUCACUGCUUUAUUGUCUGCGCUGCUUGAUAACGUCACCACGGUAUUAUUGGUUGCACCCAUCACAUUAUUGAUUACCGACACGCUAAAAAUCAGUGCCUACCCUUAUCUAUUUGCAGAAAUUUUUGCAUCCAAUAUCGGCGGCACCGCCACUUUAAUCGGUGACCCACCGAACAUCAUGAUCGGAUCA